GUUUUCACAAGAAUAGAGAGCUCGACAAUAGGAAAACAUGGCGACGCGCUUGCGAGGGUUGGCGUUACUCCCAUUGUGGAGACGUCGUAUUCCACGAUAUCCUGUGUACUGGCAUGGAGAUCCACAGCUGCAGGUGGUUUUACCACACUUCUGGAUGAAGCUAGUAAAGCCAUCCCGAGAUAUUCCCAGUGAUCAAGCUCGUUUUUUUGUGCAUCCUCAGAUGAGUAAGAUUGAUAUAAAGAAUUACCUGGAGAAGAUCUACAAAAUACCAGUGCUGAACGUUAGGACCAAAGUCAUGGCAGGUGGUGAUAUUAAACAUCCCACUCGUGGACAUGUCAUGGCAAAAGAAGAUGAUUAUAAAGUGGCUUUUGUCCAGCUGGGGGAUGGCGUGACAUUUGAGUUUCCAGAAAUCUUCAAAGAGAUAAAGAGCCCUGCAGAAAAGCAAGUAGCCGAGAUCAAACAACUAAACCGAGCAGACAUGGAGAAUGAACAGAAGUACUGGGAUAAACUAAGUGUGCCUGUGUGGUUUAGAUAAAAACAACCUGAUCCUGUAAGCUGUAUGUAGUAGAAUGCUUGUAGCAUGAAGUGUGUGCGGACAAGAUUGUGAACCACUUUUGUAAAGCUGAGAAGAUGUUAAGAAAAUGUGUGAUUAUGCAUGUGUAUACAUGCCUGUAUUAUUGUGAGCAUAUAUCUGUGCACUGAUGUUGCGGGUUGGUUUUUUUACUUGUUCGUUUACGAAGACAAGGGUGACCGCCAUUUUUAAACGUCAUAUUUGUCGGAUAUCUGCCAUUUACUAGAAAGCUAAAAGUGGUUGGUAAAGAAUCUGUUGUACAAGACAAAAGAAUAAAGAAGAUACAAAGCUAAA